AUGUCAGAGAAUAGCUUGUUUCAGUUCGCCCAGGUGAUAGCAGACCAACCGACCCACCACCACCCGCAGCCACAGCCGCCGCCGCCAUCGUCGUCGUCGUCAGCGUCGUCGUCGCCGCAACCGAAUCAACGCAUCACACUGUCACAGCCGCCACCAUACCAAGCAACACGAUCUUCGGAAGCAGAUGGUCCUCCCAUGGCGGCUCGUCGUUACCUUCCGAUUCGCAAGAACGCUUGUAUUGUGUGCGGUGUGUGCUUCACGUGCUCUAGGGAAGUCCAACCACGACGGGGCAAGAACCUACCGGAGGGCAGUCUCGAUUCAAGGGCCAAGAAGCUGCAUCCGCAAGACAAGGAAGACUACGAAUUCUCGAUGAACUGGCUCUCGGAACACGCCCACGCGAUUUACAAAGACGAGUCUGGUACCGUCGUCGGCCUGCGCGAUCUGUCCGAGGUGUCACUCUGCAAGGCACACAGCAGUACGCUCUACCGCGCCAAAAAGCGACACGAACGAGGCAGGAAUCAAGCCCCGCCCUCGCCCGCCGAUUCCAACGGGAUCGACAUGGUGAUGGAUCGCGAUUCCUAUCCGUUGCAUCCCCAUCCUAACCACCACUACGGCCCGCCGCCACCUUUGCUGGAAGGCGGUGGUAUCGCUGCCAAGGUCCGUGAGAUGCAGUAUCAUCACCCUCAUCACCAUCAUCACCACCAUCAUCAUCAAUAUAGGUCCUCCACGCCGCCUGAUUUCAGCAUGAUGCAGCCGUCGUCGUCGCUCAAAAGGAAACGCAUAUCCAAGCAGCAGCAGCAGCAGCAUCCAUCGUCGCCAUCGGAGAAACCCCAUUCAAGCGCGUCGACGCCGCUUUACGCCACAGGCAUGGCCCCGCUGUUGUCGCAUCAUCCGUCGUCAUCGUCAUCCUCGUCGUCGGGCACGGCUUUGUCGCCCCGCGGCCAUGAUCCUGCAGAGAGCAGCUUCUCGUUGCCUCCGCUCCACUCACGCGCGUCUUCGCUGUCGGCAUUAUCGUCGUCGUUUCAGAACCAUCUGCAUCUGUCUGGCCCAUACCCGACCACGUCCGCCUAUCCUGCAGCAGCAGCAGCAGCAGCAGCAACAGCAACACAACCACCUCCUCCUCCUCCAAGACAACCGUCGUCAUCGACACCACCAUUGCAGGUAGCAACCAGUGCUAACUCUACAAGCACUGGCGGAAGCGGUGGAUCGCCACCGUUGCCACAGCAGCUGAAAUCACUGGAGACGGUGUCGCUCAAAUCGAUGGACACACCAAGCAAGUAUUACUUUCGCAACCUGGCCAUCACUGACACAUUUACGUUCCGUGACCUGCUCAAGGAGAUUGACAUGACGGGAACGCCACCCGCUGGUAAGCGUAUUGUUGUGUCGGAUGAAAAGAAUGAAACGUUUUUCCCAUUGGAUCAGGCUAUUCGGAGCGUCAUCCAGCGACCCCUUUCGACUCACAUGGAGCUUUGCUUGGGAUUGAGCGACAAGCCUUCGAUUGAUUGGAGCAGUUAUGCUUAA